CUAGCGCGCGCUGAUUGGGCGGCGGAUGAGGCACCUGUGUGAGCCACACCGCGCCUCCCCACGCCGCACAGCCUUCUCUUAGGCCACGCGCUCACGGGCUCGCUCUCAGUCGCAUCCCGCCGGCCGGCCACCUCCUCGCUCUUGCCAUUGCCCAUGGCAGCGGCGGCAUCGCCGGCGGUGUGCGCGCGGGCGUCGGCGUCCGGCUCCCGCGCGGGCCGCCUCGCUAUCCGCGCCGCCGCCCUCCCGGUGGACGGCCGCGGUGACGGCGCCGCCGCCUACAAGGAGCUCGGUUUGUAUUCCUUGAAAAAGAGGAUUGAGGAUGCAGUCGUCCGGGUUGAAAAUACUGCAUCCAGCGCGCUGGAGUUGGAGGAAGCUCGGAGAAUCAAACAGGAAGAAGUAUUGCGGAGGCGUAACCUGUGGGAUAAUCCAGCUAAGUCACAUGAGACACUCUCUGCUCUGGCGGAUGCCAUCCGGGUGGUCGACCAUCUCAAAGACCUUUGCUAUAAGGCUGAAGAGGCUAAAUUGAUCACUCAACUAGCGGAGAUGGAUGUCAUAAAUGCUGAACUAUUCAAGCAAGCGUACAAAGCUUCUAUAGAUGCUAAUGAGUAUCUAGAUCGUUACCAGAUGUACAAGCUUCUUAAGGGUCCGUAUGAUAUGGAGGGAGCUUGUAUUAUUGUCACUGCAGUGUCAGAGGGUGUUGCUUCUGAGCUAUGGGCAGAGAAGCUCUUUGGUAUGUAUACAAGUUGGGCACGGAAGCAAGGUUACAAGGUUGGACUGACUGAGAAGAUUGCAUCAACAAGUGGUCAUGUCCAGUCUGCAGCGAUGGAGAUUGAAUCAGAGUACAUGUUUGGCACCCUUUCUGGAGAAAAAGGAAUGCAUCGGAUGAUCUACUCUUCCCUUGAAAACUCUGGCACUUAUCAGGCCUUAUCAGCUAGAGUCGACAUAAUUCCCCUGUUCUUGGAUAGACCAGUUAAUCUUCACUUGGAUGACGAUGAUAUAGAGAUUUCUCCCUCACCUUGUGAAUAUAAGAAGCGAGAUAGCAAAAAUGGAGCUGCUGUUAGGGUUCAACACAUACCAAGUGGAGUCACUGCUGAAAGUUCAGGUGAGAGAAGCUACUUUUCAAACAAGCUAAAAGCCACGAGUAGGUUGAAAGCAAAGCUCCUUUUAAUAGCUAGAGAACUGAGAGUAUCGGAAACGAAGUUGAUCAACAAACAGGCUAUAGAGGAUAAGUGCAACCGUGAAACACGAAGAUACACAUUUGGUCCACAGAAAUUGGUCCAUGAUCUCAACACAGGCACCCAAUUAUCAGACCUGAACUCGGUCCUCGAAGGCGAUAUCGAACCGUUCAUCAGGGGCCGUAUUAUCGCCAGACAAUGAUGGUACACCAAGGUCUCAACAACUGAUUGAUCUGUUCUCAUUGUGACCCUGUACAUUUUAUUUCUUUUCUGUUACAAACCACACGACAUUAAAAUAUAACCUUUGUAAAAUAUAUCACAUAUCAAGCCAGAAGGCAUGACACCAGGUAUACAAAGCAUCAAGUUCUUUGCACCAUCUGCUUCA